CAAGUUGCAACUUUGCUGGAGUGGAAACAAGUGCCCAGCUGAAUGGGUUUCCUUCCUUUUUUUUAACUGGAGGAAGAUCACUACGACACGCCAAAGCUCGUCAGAGAGCCAUCGCAUUCCUUCCUCCUUCCAAACUCUACUCCGCCAUUUUUGGAGCUCCGAGAUUGUGCAAGGGUUGAACUUUUUGGGUGGGAGGUUUCAAGAGCGGGAAAGAAUUUAGAUUUGGUUUGCUUUCCGCAACACCGAUUGCGAUUCAAUUUUUUGGACCAACACCGGGGAACAUCAUGAACUGCGAAGUCUGCCAACUCAAAGAGCUGGAAGUGGAGCACUUCGAGAUACGGGAAGUUCUCCGUUGCAUAUUGCAUACGAUUGUUUUCCAUCGAGCUUUGGGACUCGUCCGUCCCAAAGUCAUUGAUUUAGAGCUCUUUGACAUUACAUAUGUGCAAUGUGGGGAUGGUGAACUUGAAAAGAAAAUCGAUGAGAAGAUUGAGCAGUUCAUUAGUUGGGUAGAGAAACACCCAAAUAAGAAGAGCCAGGUCUGUAUAUCCUUCUAUGAGGUGAAAAACAAGCAUCCUUCGUGGUUUACAAACAAAACCGAACGUCUUUAUUGGGAACAAUGGUAUAUCAAUUUGAAUGUGAGCCAGCAACAAAAAGUUCACUCUGGGAAGUCUCAUCCUUCCAAGAUUGUGGUCGACCCUGGAGGUAGUACUGUUGACUCUUAUAACUGUGCAGAUUCAUUGGAGGAGAGGAGUGCUCGCAGGGCAGCACUUGAAACAUCUCUUCGUGAGGUUUUAUUCCAGAUAAUAAAAUUUGUGAAUGAGAAGAAGGAUCAUGUGCCUCCUAUAUCUGAUGGUGUUGUCUACUUCCCUUAUGAAGUUACUAUUCCCAGUUCAUCAGACUCAGCUUUUGGGAUGGACAUGAUCAAGAGGAUGCUGCAGACUGGGGGGCAUCCAACCAUGCUCAGCUGAUUCCAGAUGUUCAAAGAGAAUGCGGCUGCUGAAGAAAGAGAAGAUCCGUACAACAGUUGAAGGUACAAGCUCAUGCUUAGCGCCUGAACCAAAUAUGAACCAAUGCAGCAUCCAUUGGAACAUGUUUCUGUGAAAACAAAUUGUAAAUAUCAACUUGGAGUCUCCCCUCUUAAAGGGGUUCUCUGCUCUUAGUUCUUUAGCCUUCGGCGGUGCAUAGAGUACCAUGUAAAACUGUACAUAACUUUCCCGAUUCUGCUUACUCGUUCGAGAAGUAUAUCCUGAUCUAUGAAUUCUAUCUGAAUAUGAACCGGAUUUAUCCAAUACUUAUUAUUCAAAGCUGGCAGUUUAACUCGAACGAAAGAGUUGCUCCGGUCACCGGAUUUUACAGCCAGGAUGAUGAACAUGGCUGUGACUUGUUGUGACAUUUUAAAUGUUCAUAGUUGAUUGAGUCAUGAUCAUGAGAG